AGCCGCGCGCGGUGCGACCGGGCAUGCCCCGCUACGAGCUGGCUUUGAUCCUGAAAGCCAUGCAGCGGGGUUGGUACAGUAGGCUUCACUAACUUAGCUGCAACUCAGAAUUUCUCCUCCAGCACCUGAGUAAAUGCUGAUGGUCUUGUGGAGAGUGGAUUAAGAGUACGAGCUAAGUUCUCAAUCCCAAUUAAGAAGCGGAGGAAAAUUUAAACUGUCUCCUUCAAAGUUUAUCACAACCACCACCAUCAAGACAGCAAACCAAAGGACAAAGACUUUGACCUGCUGUGUUGCUCUGUGUAGUCCAGUUCACGUAUGGUUUACAGACUUGGCUGGGGUUACUAAUGAGUAAAUAAAAAGCUGGACACUUCUGUUAUUGGACACUUUGAUUCACAAAGGUACCAAAAUGAGGGCUGUACUGGAGACAGCAGACAUUGCCAUAGUGGCCCUGUAUUUUAUCCUGGUCAUGUGCAUUGGGUUUUUUGCCAUGUGGAAAUCUAAUAGAAGCACCGUGAGUGGAUACUUCCUGGCGGGGCGCUCUAUGACCUGGGUAGCGAUUGGUGCCUCUCUGUUUGUGAGCAAUAUUGGCAGUGAGCACUUCAUUGGGCUGGCAGGAUCUGGAGCUGCAAGCGGAUUUGCAGUGGGCGCAUGGGAGUUCAAUGCCUUACUGCUUUUGCAACUUCUGGGAUGGGUUUUCAUCCCGAUUUACAUCCGGUCAGGGGUAUACACCAUGCCUGAAUACUUGUCCAAGCGAUUUGGUGGCCAUAGGAUUCAGGUCUAUUUUGCAGCCUUGUCUCUGAUUCUCUAUAUCUUCACCAAGCUCUCAGUGGAUCUGUAUUCAGGUGCCCUCUUUAUCCAGGAGUCUUUGGGUUGGAACCUCUAUGUGUCUGUCAUCCUGCUCAUUGGCAUGACUGCUUUGCUGACUGUCACCGGAGGCCUUGUUGCAGUGAUCUACACAGACACGCUACAGGCUCUGCUUAUGAUCGUUGGGGCGCUCACGCUUAUGAUUAUUAGCAUGAUGGAGAUUGGCGGGUUUGAGGAAGUUAAGAGAAGGUACAUGUUGGCCUCGCCCAAUGUUACUUCCAUCUUGUUGACAUACAACCUUUCCAACACAAAUUCUUGUAAUGUCCACCCUAAGAAAGACGCACUGAAAAUGUUACGGAAUCCGACAGAUGAAGACGUUCCCUGGCCUGGAUUCGUGCUCGGGCAGACCCCGGCUUCUGUGUGGUACUGGUGCGCUGACCAAGUCAUCGUGCAGAGAGUCUUAGCGGCUAAAAACAUUGCUCAUGCCAAAGGCUCUACGCUCAUGGCUGGCUUCUUGAAGCUUCUGCCCAUGUUUAUCAUAGUUGUCCCAGGAAUGAUAUCCAGAAUACUGUUUGCCGAUGAUAUAGCUUGCAUCAACCCCGAGCACUGCAUGCAAGUGUGUGGAAGUAGAGCCGGGUGCUCUAACAUUGCUUACCCACGCCUGGUGAUGAAGCUGGUUCCCGUGGGACUCCGCGGCUUAAUGAUGGCGGUGAUGAUUGCAGCUCUGAUGAGCGACUUGGACUCUAUCUUUAACAGUGCCAGUACCAUAUUCACCCUCGAUGUGUACAAACUCAUCCGCAGGAGUGCGAGCUCCCGGGAACUAAUGAUUGUGGGGAGGAUAUUUGUGGCUUUUAUGGUGGUGAUCAGCAUCGCGUGGGUGCCAAUCAUCGUGGAGAUGCAAGGAGGCCAGAUGUACCUUUACAUUCAGGAGGUGGCAGACUACCUGACACCCCCAGUUGCGGCCCUGUUCCUUCUGGCAAUUUUCUGGAAGCGCUGCAAUGAGCAAGGGGCUUUCUAUGGUGGAAUGGCUGGCUUUGUUCUUGGAGCGGUCCGUUUGACACUGGCCUUUGCGUACCGUGCCCCCGAAUGUGACCAACCUGAUAACAGGCCAGGCUUCAUCAAAGACAUCCAUUACAUGUACGUGGCCACCGCACUAUUCUGGGUCACAGGACUCAUUACUGUCAUUGUUAGCCUCCUCACACCACCGCCCACAAAGGAACAGAUUCGUACCACCACCUUUUGGUCUAAGAAGAGCUUGGUGGUGAAGGAAAGCUGCUCCCCAAAAGAUGAGCCGUACAAAAUGCAAGAGAAGAGCAUUCUGAGGUGCAGGGAGAACAGUGAGGCCGUCAACCAUAUCAUUCCCAAUGGGAAAUCCGAAGACAGCAUCAAGGGCCUUCAGCCAGAAGAUGUUAAUCUCUUGGUGACCUGCAGAGAAGAGGGCAAUCCAGUGGCUUCGUUAGGACAUUCAGAGGCAGAAACACCAGUAGAUGCUUAUUCCAAUGGGCAAGCAGCUCUUAUGGGUGAGAAAGAGAGAAAGAAGGAGACAGAGGAUGGAGGCCGGUACUGGAAGUUCAUAGAUUGGUUCUGUGGCUUUAAAAGUAAGAGCCUCAGCAAGAGGAGUCUCAGAGACCUGAUGGAGGAAGAGGCUGUUUGUUUACAAAUGUUGGAAGAGCCUCCACGAGUUAAACUAAUACUAAAUAUCGGACUUUUUGCUGUGUGUUCACUUGGAAUUUUCAUGUUUGUUUAUUUCUCCUUAUGAACUUUUUAAGGAUAUGAUGAGACACUAACUUAAGAAAAUGCUGGUCUUUGGAAAAACAAAAAAACAAAACAAACCUUAUGUAACUGUUGCAUCUCUCAGGCAUUGUUUACGCUAUAGGUUUUAGCCAAAUUUUACUUAGCAGAAAAUCAUCUAUUUGCAAGACUUUAUUUUCCCAGAGAUGGAUGAAAGUAAAUUUUCAACCUAAAUGAAGUGAAACUUGUUUGACAGACUGAAUUGUGCAAAUGUGGUUUAAAAUUUUCCAUACCAAAGUAAGGAGAGACCAAUUAUUCUCCUAGAACACGUAGAGCAGAAUAGAUGCUAAGGUUAUUAUGAAUAAGGUAUACUUUCUGCACUGCCAAAUCUUGGUAGGCCUUCUUAUCCUGACGUAGAAGACUUGCUCAUUUCAGAGUUUUUUCUCUGUCUCUGUAAUCCCUACUACCAUUUAAAACUAAUUCGUGGACAUUGUUUAAUCAGUUGUGUACUGAAAACCUAACUGAUGUGCUUGGGGAGGGGGGUCCUUGUAUCAGGACAGGUUAGUUUGUUUGCCAGGUUCAUUUUGCUAGCAGGAGCCUGUGGAUUUUGAUUGCCAGAAGAAAGGAGGAAGAAUGUUUGCCUGUAGCUGUUCUUGUACCACCAGCAUGUGGAAUGUUGGUAAAAAAUUUGUUCUAGUUCCUGGUUGUUUUUUUUUUUCCUUUUUCUUUUUCUGCUUCCACUGAAGUUUAAGGGAACCGUACUCAAAUGACCACCAACUCUGUCUUGAUAAAAAGAUAUGUCAUGAUUGUAUUGUCAGAUGAUUAGGGGAGAAAAUGAAGUAAACAUUGCUGAUGAUCCCCAAAUUUAUGGACCAAGUUAAAGAUGUUUAUAUAGUUUGGGAAUUAGCAGUUCUCCAGCAGUGUUUGAGCAACUUACACUCAACAGGCGACUGACUAUUCAUACUCCACUACUUCUCCAGCUUUGUUCUUUGUUCUUGUCAUUUGGUAACAUUUUUUCUUAGCCACACACUUUCCCAAGUGGAUUCAGUUGGAAGAUAUGUCCAGAAAUUUGAAGAAAACUGUCACUGUGUUUGUGCUGGGUUGCCCUGCUUGAUUGGAUCAUGAUAUAGUGAAGCUGAGCUUUUGGAGGGAAAAUAUAAUUCUGAGAUCAUAUUGUAUCCUUGAUAAGUUGGGUUUUUUUUUUCCUCUAAUUUACUUUUUUUUUUUUUUUUUUAAGACUUGCCAUCUGUACACAGCCUCAACAUUUUUAAAAAGUUACCUUGACUUAGAGAAUGAGGAGGUUCCAGUGCAAACUCGGCAUCAGUAACAGAAAACUGAGUGCAUGCUUUGCCAUUGGUAGAUUGUCAGUGUAGUCUUUCUGUAGCGUGGAUAGCAUGUUAAAGAGGUGUCACGAAUAAGAACUUCUGGAUGUAGUAGUAUGUCUUGUGGAGGAUAUGCUAUGACCUGUAUACUUCUAGGACCCUCUGUCUUCACGUGGCAUGGCACUCCCUUGCAGCCUUCAUGGACGGGAAUCUUUUUCACAGGCUGAUUCCCCUUCUUUGAGGACAGGAUACAAAAGAUGUUAGACAAAAGCUCUACAGAAUACGAAAUUCUGUGUCUGUGCUCUCAACAUGGUCCUUUUUCCUCCAUGACAUAUGAAGGAAACCAAUUGUGUAUCUACUUUCUUUGACUUUCCUGUAAUCUGAUACUUUUUAAAUUGCAUGAUUUUAUUAAGCUCGUAUUCUUUAGAGAAAAGUAUUACUUUUUUAGAUACUUUUGUAGAUUUUGAAUCAAAACUCAGUCCUAAUGACUUCAAAUUUUUUGUAUUCUAUAAACGAGUUUCAUUAUGAUGGACUUGAUUAGUCCAAAGUUGAUUUUAGAAAUUUAUCAGGUAGCAUAAUGUCUUCCCGUCUCCAGGAGGCUUUCUGAUGGACUGAGUCUGUAGACGAAAAAAUAAUUCAUGUAUGAAUAGCAUGAUUUCUGAGAGCUUAGAGUGCCUUGUAGAGUUUUUUUUUUUUUUUUUCUCAAUUUCAUUCUUACAGUUUAUAAGCUGGGGGCCAAAUAAAUAGGGACCAUCCUUUUCUUGUAUGGAGGAGGCUGUGGCUCUGACAUGUCCAAGGUUACAAAAAGUCUGUUGGGAAGAACAGAAAAACCGUGUAGCCAAAGCUGGACUCAUGGUUUGUCCUCUUCUCAGAGGAACUAUUUUUUCCUUUGAGACAACAGUUUGGUAUUUGGGAAAAUAAUAGGACUUUAGAUUUUUCAAAUUGGUAUUAAGUUGUAGGAAUUAAAAUUUUCUUUGACUUUGAACGUAUUGCUGUGUAACUCAGCAAAGAAGAUUGACACACUGGCUGGGCAGCCUUCUUACCCCUUCUUAUAGCAUAAAUUACUAGGUGGUGUUUAUGUGAGUCUCCCCGCCCCCUUUAUUUAAUGUUGAGCCCUAAUAGUUUGAAGUAUUAGGAUCCCCCCCCAACCUUCUCUUUGCUGCUGUCUUAGUACGAUACAUGAAAUACAUCAUCUUGUGUCUGUUUGUGUAUAUAUAGCAGUAGGUCAAGUUUAGAGUACUAAUGUCUGUAAAUAAGGAAUGACUAUUAGCAUAUCCAUUAGGAUGUUUAUUCUUGGCAGUAUAAACAUCAUUCUGUUGAGACUGAAGUCCCUGAAGCUUGCCCUUAUUAUUGCUCUCCAGUAGUAGAUAAUGUGCUUGAAUAAGUAUGUGAAUUGCUGGUUGCAGCUUCAUUCAGGGACCACUGUUCAGUUUGUUUCGUUAGAAUGAUUGUUCAUGGAGUGAUACCUGGUCUGUGUUAAGCUAGCAAAAUGUUCAUACUUUACACGAAAUGGGUCCUAAAUGAUGACAUUUCAUCUGUAAACAUUAAUAUGUAUAUAUUUUUAUACUGGCUCAAGCUAAGGUUCAGAAUUGAAUAAGCAUGAAAUUGACUAAAAUAGUUACCUCAGAGUCAAAAGGAAGUGAGGACAUUGGUCUUCAAAGGUAGAGAAAAAUACUCUCUGAUCUGCUCUUAGUAGUAUCCCCAUUCCUUAGAGUUUUGUCCUUUCAAGCAGUCUCAGUCUUGAGAUUUGAUGAGCAGAGCUUAGUACUCUGGCAUGCAGAAGAAUUUUUGGGUCCAAAAACAUUAUGUUCUUUGCCCCAAGGUAGUAAGUGGGUUUGGAAAUAGCUGGGUCAAUCUGUUUCCAGGGCCAUUCUUUUCCUGGUGAGGUAAUCACUCUACUCUUUAGGUUAGGGAAGCAGCAAGCAGUAGUGGCAGUCCUGUGUCCUGUGACCUAUAUUCCGCAGAUCUCCUCUCGCGAGGCUUCCUCUUCACUUGGCUCAGAGCACCCAUUGUCUUUUUGCACAAAGAGGCUGGCCAGGGCCAUAGUUCUUAGCAUGUCAGGUAAUUAGCAGGGACCUACAUGGGAAACUUCACAUUUUAAGAAUUGAUUGGGAGGCUGUCAUUCAGUUCUUUAACCCGAGGCCGAUUGGGAGUGGGGGUACUGACAAGUCUCGUCUUAGUGUCUCCAUUUCUCAGCCCAUUGCUUUUUCUUCCCUGUACUAACAGGUGCGUGGAUCUUCCCCUUCCUCUUCAAAUAUCAUUUAGUGCAGCCUGUGGGUUAUUCUCAUUCUUUACCAUCCUCCAGACUGGCUAUAUCAUGAGCUGUUAAAAGGUUAGGCCCGUCAGUGUUCCCACUUGGCAGUAUUUGGCUUACUUACUCUCCUUACGGUUUUUACUCUGCUCUGUCGUUUUCAUCUGCGGUGUGAUGGUUAGAAGGGACCACAUGGGUAUGGAGUAGUGACCGCCUCACUGCCACUCCCCUGUAUUGGGUUGAGAGAUAUGUGUAGACCAUUCCUGUUACGUUAUGUGACCACAGAGACUUUUCAGGACAGAGUUUUCCGAAGAAGUAAAAAACAAAAAACAAAACAACAACAACAAAAAACUAUUAAAUGAGGUGCUGAAAAAUACCUGGGUGAUACAAACUUAACAAGUUAGGCAAAGGACAAACAUGAGCUUAAAAUGUGCAGGCAUAGAAUUCUAUUCAGUGAAUUCUAGAACUUGAAGCAUCUUGGCUAUCGGCUAGUUUAAACCUUUCCCCGUGUAGAUUAGGAUACCAAUAACAAGAUCCAGCCUUUAAACCCUGGUUUGAUGUUAACUAUUGUGAUACAGGAGUUUUUAAAACAUAUUUGAAAUUAAAAGGACCGAUACUUGAUAGUGAUACUUUAGUAGAAAAAAUGCUUUUAGGCUUGUGUUCGUAAGAUUUCUCAUUAACAAAGUGUUGAGUUGCAUUAAGACAUCUUGAUGUUGACCUUAGCUUGAGCAGACCACAAAUAGGGUAUAUUCCUCUUUGUGCUGUACCCACCUACCAUUUCGAGAGACUGGUCUUUCCCCCGUUUGUCUUCCCUCACCUUGCUGUGAUUCUUCAUCUGUUCUUUCUUUUAACACUACUCAGAUUCCUAUUUUGAUCUUUUCUCAGCUUAAUUCACGUUCAGGCUUACUGCAAUGAUGUGUAAAAGUGCUGCUUUGCCCCAGUUUUGAAGACUUGGAUCCAAAUAAUGAUUCAUUAACUAUAGUUGUGUUUAAAUGUACUGAAUUUCUAUUAGCUUAAACUGUUAAAUUCUCAAGAAUGAUUUUCUCAGCCUAAUGUUCACUAGUGUUCACUAAUCCUAAAAGCCCUGGUAAUGCAUCAUUAUUGUAUUCUGAAAAUUCUUUUCUUCAAAAAUGAGGGAGGCAGCAAUAGUUAAAAUUCAUACCAGUCCCUUUGAAAGGGUGGUAUUUCAAUACAGAGAGGAGUGGAGUUUGUCUCGAUGGCCAGAAAGCCUUGUUCUUGCAGUGCUUAAGGGUAAAAAAUUGGAACUAGUCAUUUGGCAUAUAGAGAAGCCCUUUUGUGCUCGUUAGGUAGGAAGCUGGAUUAUGUAAGAAACUUUGAUUACUACACUUGGUUAGACUUGGUUGGCUUAACUCAGGGCUGCAGACCCCUUUUCCUCCAUUAAGUCAUUUCUCUUAAUUGGAAUGCUUUUUAUCAAACUUUACCCUCUGUUGGAAGAUUAGGUAUUCAACUUCUUUUACUCUUAGAAUUGAAUUUAGCUAAGAUACAAACUACUUACAGGCUUUGGCAGCGCUGAGACCCACACCGUUAUUCACGGAGUCCUAUAAAUGUGUUUAUUUAAGCUUCUUUCCAGUGCUGGGAAUAAGGCUUUAGACUACUGAUUCACCUUUAAAGGAAUGUUGUGAAAAUUGAUAUAAUUUAUGUUUCUGUUUUCCAUCUCAGAUCCUUUAUAACAGAUAGGAUUUAGUUUUUUUGUUUUGAGUUGUUCCAGUAACUAACAGCCUUAACCAUGGAUAUAUUGUCUUACUCAGAAAUAAAAAAGGUUUGAUAUGUCUGCAUUGUUACUUAUUUCAUAUACUUUACUUUUAGGGGAGGACCAUAAUGUGAAGCUUUUGAUUUUAAACCAAUAACCUUACUUUAUGUAAUGACUUUCCAGUGUGGUUUGGUUAACCUGGAUUCGCACUAUGUUUGAAGAGAGGCAUGCUAGAACACAUGAGCAAAUGAAGAGUAAGUCAGGACAAAAGCACAGUGGUCUCAGAUUUUUCCUAGUGUAGGAGCAGUGGCUUUGCUCUCAGAAAAGCACUGUAUCACAGUUGUUGCCCAUGAUAAUGAAGCCACUCCAUCCUCUCCGACCCGUCCCAGGUUUAAGAUAGUUUACCGUCUGUGAACUCUGUCAAUAAGGAAAAUCCAUUAUUUCAGUGAUUUCCGCAACAGCACAAAUCGACAGUAGAUAAUCACAACCUUAUUGGAGACUUCUCUUUAUCUUGGUAAAUUCACCUUGUACUGCUAGAGGAAGGAACGUUUACUUUUUUUAAAAAAUUGCCUUUGGAUAAACUAGUCUGGAUAAUUUUUCAAUAUAUCAUUGUAGCUUAGACUUCUGUAAGUGGAAUGAAUGUUCCUUAAUAACUCAUUUUUUGGUUAUAAUAGUUGGAAACUGAAAUUAAGCUCAUUGCUCUUAUUGAAAUCCCAAGCUGGCGAAGGCCAAUAUAUAGGGUAUUUCGUAAUAUAAUCAGCUUCUGAAAUUUAGUGUUUUGAUUAGUGCCUUCUGGUUGCCAAUAUUGACUCUGCUAGUUUACACAUUUCCCUUUCUUGAUAGAAUAUACUUAUUUGUUACAAUUCCUCUUUUUAAAUUUUGUUACAACUAGUUGAGGAAAUACAGAAAAAUACAUUUAUAUUUACAUACUUUAUAUGCAGCCUUUGUUUAGGUUCAAGGAAACCAGGUAGCUCUAAUUCCUGUUGCAGUUUAAAUGUUAUUUAUUCAUCUAUAUUUGUUUUAUAUCCUUAAUUGAAACUAUAAGGUUACUUAUUAAUUCUCUGAAUAUAUUUUAACUAUUGUUUUUCCAGUGUAGGUUUGAUAGGCAUAUCUGAGAAUAUACAUGUGACAGCAGUUUCACAUUCCAUGAUAGGUGAAAAGCUUAAAGUAAAAGUCCAUAGAAAGCACAAAUCCUGUUCAUGCAGGUGUGUAUCUCCGCAUGUAGAAAGCACAAGACUAACAGUAUUUCUCAGUAUCCCGCAAGUGCCAGUUGUACAGCCCACCAGGUGUUUGUCUCGGGAGUUGUGGAGGACCACAGUAUUGAAAGCCCUAGACAAUGAGGUAUCCUGAGUUGUGGUCGUAAAUGAUAAGUGAUUUAAAAUACAAUAAUCUGAGUAAGUUUGUGCUACUUUGGUGAGGGAGAAAAAACAAAUAUCAAGAAUGUUGCAAUUGUAUUUCGGGGUUACUAGCAAAGAUGGGGUCUAUGGGUUCUUUCCUAUAAUCUGGAACUAAAACAGGGACAGACUUCUAGGCUUUUGGUGGGUGAAGAGUUUGACCAACUUUUGCUUUAAGCUGUAGAGCCAUUGGUGUUAUUAUUAUUUUAUCUUAAAUCUUUAGAUUUUACCUGCUAUGAGUAGUUCCCUGAAAACAUGGAGAAAUUUCACAUUUUAACAGGGCAAAUACUACUUGUCUUUAAUCUUUGUGUAGGUUUGUAAGAGGUGAAUGUAUCUUUACUUUUUCAUGUGCUUUACUGCACUUCAUUUCAGUAGAGCAGAAUUCGAUCCGAGUGUUCCUAGCAUCAACCUAAAUCUGACACACAUCUGCCAAAGGAGCUACUUUGCUUGUCACAGCGGUUAUGAGAGUCCAAAGGAUUCUUUUACCUGUCCCAUUCCCUGCUUCAUGGUUAGAUUAGGUGAAAUCAGAAUGUACGUGCAGAAGAAAAUGUGUUUUCUCGCACUCCGUAUUGCCCUGGUCUUACCCCUUGCUUUCUUUACCUGAAUAGUCCCAGUUUAUCAAGAAUGAAUAAGUAGUCUUUGUCUUGGAUUUUGCCCAUAGGUCAAAAGCUGUGACUCUCUGUGAAUGGGAGAGAAGUGACUAUGUUUGUUCCCACUCUCCUCUAUUUUGCGUAUUUAUCUUCUUAAGGAAAGAAUUAGUCACCUUUGGUAAUACAUGGCUGAAGAUUAAAGCUGGUGUAGACUAAUGUCACAUGUUUUAGAAGGGUUAACCGGAACACCUUUAGGGAGAGAUUGCUCCUCUAGCAAAAGACAGGCGUGUUCCCUCAGUAUUUUAGAGUGUAAAACCUCAGGUUUGCGGGGAAUGAGGGCAGAGGAGUGCCAGAAAUGCAGGAAAAAAAGAGAAAGGUUUGAGGAACGUCUUUGGCUUAGCAAUGUGUGAUAAGGCAAAGCAGUUACAACCUGUUAGUCCUAUAUAGUAUGUGUCUGUACCUUUAAGUGUUGUUUUAAAAUUUAAAAUCCUUUGUAAGAACUUAAUGCUUUUGAAGAUCCCUUUGGCAGAAUAUCUUUCAUUUAUAAUUCCAUGGAAAAUUGCUUUAAUUAGUCUAGGUGAAAGUCGUCCUAGCAGUGUAAAUAUGUAUAAUUAGAAUUUUCUAAUUUCACUUUGAGAUCUCUAACUUUUGAGUGGCAAAAACAGAUCAACAGGUCUUUUGCUCAUGGACUUUUCUGUGGCGUUGUUAAAAUGCAAAAGCUUUAUUUUUGUUAAUAAUUACAUAUUACAUUAGUGUCAGAUGAUGAUAUGGAAUCUGUUCCCUGCUUUUCCCCACCAAUACUGCUUUGGUUUAUAGAUUGCCAACAGAGUUCAGAGAUACAGCGGGGAUCUACCCAUUCUUUGCUUGGACAUCCCAUUUUCUGUUGCCCAGACCUAUGUUGGCAAUCACAUAUGAACUACGUUAUGCUUCUCAGUGCUUUUUUUUUUUUUUAUAAGGUGGAUAUCAAAAAUAGUUGCUGUGCAAAAGUUAGUAGUCUUCUUCAAGAAGAAAACCAAUUCCUUUUCUAAUAUCCUGUGAAAUCGCUUCAUUCCUUUAUUUUUAAGCCAAACGUCAGCAGAGUACUGCUGCUUUUAUCUAGUACUUUUGAUAUGUAAGUAUUGCAUUUUGAAAAGAUGUCUUCGUUGAAAAUUGUUUUUCCCAGUGUCCUCCCUAUUAUGCUUUGUUCAUAUUUUCUGUUAGAGACCAGUCUGUGCACUGGGGGUGUGUAUCGUGUACAUGUAUCAUUUCGUCAAUUAUGCAUUGUAGACCAAAUGUGAUUAUAAAUGAAGCUGUUGAGUUAUUGGUGAGUUUUUGGAAUUGUAAACUGAUUUCCAGUGUACCCUUUAUUGUCCACAGGUUUUUUUGUUUUGUUUUGUUUUUAAGGUUUUAUUGAUAGGGUCCAUCUUCACAUUGUACAAUGUUUUAGUUGCAAGCAGAAAGUAGAAUUUGGUAUUAACCAGGUUAUUUCCGUAUCGAAAGGAAUACAAUUGAAAUUGUAAAUUUAGGAUUGUUAACCAUACAUGACAAUUCUAACUUGACUAUUAUUCUAACCUACUGUAUACAAUCUGAUUUUUAAAAUUGUAGACAUGUAUGAUCUUGGUUUAAUGUGUUUUUUAAAAAGUGUUAUUGUUGAAAAAAUGGAAAAACAAUGAAGCAAAUCUGCUAAGGAGCUGUCAGUUUUCAUUACUGACUCUGUAAAAUACACUGUUCUUUGUGUACUGUGUGUUAUUUUGCCAGCUGCUGCAUUAGCCUUCAAAAGUAUUUGGAAACUUCAGAUGAACCUACAUUUCUUGCAAAGUAUAUUCCUUUCUGUGGUAUCUUGUCCUGUAACUGAAGUAUAGUAAUUAUUUUAUGGAAAUGUUAUUAGCACUUCUGUACCAACUUUGAAUAAAAUGAAAAAUUUACCUUUC